GUUUUCUCUCGCCUGUCUCGUGUGUUCGCUUCUCGCCGCCUCUCUGGCCACCCGGCAACUGCUUCUUUCCUUCCCGGUUCUUCACUCUUUCCCCCCACGCCGUCUCUUUUUUUUCCCGUGGUUGUGCCCUGCAGCUUCAGCGCAGCCUUGCGCUCUUUCGCUGGUCGAGCCCGCAGCCUAUGGCCCUGGAAGGCGCCGCUGCCUCCUGUAUUUCUGCUGUAGGUUCCCACAUCCCUCUUUAAAAAUUCCGCCUAAAAAGAGAAGACGAUUUACCAAAUCUUUCGGGCCGUUGUCCCACGGCAAACUCUCUGACCAGGUUUACAACUAUCCAGAGGGUUUAGGAGAAGUGCUUUAUCGAGAACAGUUCGACUUCAACGCUGAGCCACCUUGGGAACCUAGCUGAUGAUAGUAGGGUUCCAUCUCCUAACUUGUCCAUUUUGUUGCAUAAUUUAAGGACCCGGCUCUAAGGCUUUGCAGCCCGUCCCUUGUGUUUCUUGGUUUAUGACUGUCGGCUUUGCGGAAUACGGCUGAGAUGAAAGGAUUUCUUGAGGAUGCAAACUACUCCAUUGGCUUAUUGGAUGAAGGAGUGAAUCUCAGAGAUGUCAUCGACAACUGCAUUUAUGAACAUACUCUUACUGGCAAAAAUACAUUUUUUGUUGGUGACCUUGGGAAGCUGAUCAAGCAACACAUCCACUGGCAGAAUGCAAUGGCACGGAUGAAGCCAUUCUACAAUGUUAAAUGUAACUCUGCUCCAGGUGUACUUGAGAUUCUGGCAGCUCUUGGAACUGGCUUUGCAUGUUCAAGUAAAACUGAAAUGGCAUUGGUUCAAGAUUUGGGAAUUUCUUCUAAAAACAUCAUAUUCACUAAUCCUUGCAAGCAAGCUUCUCAGAUAAAAUAUGCAGCGAAAAUUGGAGUAAACCUUUUGUCAUGUGACAGUGAAUUGGAGUUAAAGAAAAUUGCUAGGAAUCACCCAAAUGCAAAGCUCUUACUCCAUAUUGCCACAGAAGACAAUGGAGGUGAAGAGAUGAACAUGAAGUUUGGCACCACCCUGAAGAACUGUCGACAUCUCAUGGAAUGUGCUAAGGAGCUGAAUGUCCAAAUAGUUGGUGUUAAAUUUCACGUUUCAAACUCUUGCAAGGAACCUCAAGUAUACAAACAUGCUAUUUCUGAUGCUCGCUGUGUGUUUGAUAUGGCUGAAGAAUUUGGCUUUACCAUGAAUAUGUUGAACAUUGGUGGGGGCUUCACAGAUUAUGAACAUGACCUGGAAGAGGUUAAUCACAUUGUCACUCCAUUGCUCGAUAUCUAUUUUCCUGAAGAAUCUGGUAUAAAUGUGAUUGCAGAGCCUGGAUGCUAUUAUGUUUCAUCUGCAUUUACUCUAGCAGUUAAUGUUAUUGCCAAGAAAGCUGCUCAAUGUGAUCAACAUCUUCCCUCUGAAAUGGAACAAACCAAGAGAGAUGAACCAGUCUUCAUGUAUUAUAUGAAUGAUGGUGUUUAUGGUUCUUUCGCAAGCAAAUUAUCUGAGGAUUUGCAUACUAUUCCAGAGGUUCACAAGAAAUACAAGGAAGAUGAGCCUCUGUUUGCAAGCAGCCUUUGGGGUCCAUCCUGUGAUGAGCUUGAUCAAAUCGUAGAAAACUGUCUUCUUCCUGAGCUGAAUAUUGGAGACUGGCUGCUCUUUGACAAUAUGGGAUCUGGUACCUUGGGUGAACAGUCUACUUUUAAUGAUAUACAAAGGCCACCAGUUUAUUACAUAAUGUCAUUCAGUGACUGGUGUGAGAUGCAAGAUGCUGGCUUUACCUCUGACACACUGAUGAAGAAUUUCUUCUUUGUGCCUUCUUGCAUUCAGCUGAGCCCUGAAGACAGCUUUUCUAUUGCAGCUUAAACAGGCAUUAAUGCUUCAUUUAGCCUUGCAGUUGCAUGUCUGUAGUCUUGUCUGGUCACAACAUUCCAGUUUGGAAGAAAAAAAGUGGAACAAUCUUGAAUGAAUUAUUUAACACUUGAAAUCAAUUGGGACCAGGCAAAACCAGCUACAACUACAAUUCACUGGGGGAGUGAGGGUUACAAAUAAUAAUAUUAAGAUUUAAACUUGUCAGAUAAUUCAACCCCUCAGCAUUUUAAAAAAAAUAUGCAACAAAAUGGAUGACUUAGUUGAGAUGGAAACCCAUCACUUGGGUUCUGUUAAACAGUUUACAUACAAGUACAGUUUUUAUACUAAGGAUUUCUGUUAGAAAGUCUUGUAAAGUUGUCUUUCCCCCAGAUAUAAGAAAUGUCAGUGGGAAAAAAGUGUGACUUCAUUAGCUAUGUUUAGUGUAUUUAGAAUGUGUAAAUUUGUGCUUUGAACUGUAGUUUAAUAAAUGUAAAAUUGCAUCAUAGUAUUUGUUGUAUUUCACCCUUGCUGUACCCACCCCUGUAUGAUUGCAAUAAAAUUUUGUGUAGGUUUUAUUAUUUUUUUUCAGGCUAACACAGGGAAGGGGGGCUAGGCAGUGAAGGUAGUUUAAGUACAAGAAGGUACAAGUAACUGUUCAAAGACUUUAAAAUUUGAGCAGAACACUAGAUCAUGAACAAUUAAAAAUCACUGAACCUAAAAAUCGAAGUGCAAAUUGUACUUCAGCGUCUGAUUUAAUAAUUCUGACUCUAAAUUGUUGAACUUGUGGGCCAGCAGAUGCCAAGAGACUACACAGAGGAUUUUAAAUGCAUAUGGUAAAGUGGCAAAAACAGCUUCCUUAAGUGCUGAAUUGUAUGCAUUUUACAUCCUGUACGCUCUUGACUGCUGAAAGCAAGGCUGUUGAACGGAACAUGCACGUUACAGUCUUACUCAGCCUUUGGCAGAAGAGCAGUGUCCGUCUCCAGUGUUUGGAUUGGUGUUUGUCUGAAUACACAGAGAGAGCGCACUUAAACUAUCAAAACUGCAUCAACUAGACUUAGCAAGGGAAAUAUUGACGCUUUUACUAUUGUUAGACUCCUCCUACCCUUUGAUUCUCAUUUUAAUUUAUUUUACUAACCAACUAGCCUUGGAAGCGCUUCUUUGAAAUGCACCAAGCCAGAGUUAAUUUGAAACUGGUGAUUAGUAUUCUGAACUAAUUUGGUGACGUGAAAUGGGCUGUCCGAGUGCAAAUGAGUCUUGUGCUGGUUCCUAUUGGCAGGAAGUUCUUCCUGUUAGUGGGACUAAAUAUGCAUUGCUACAGGAAGGGGCCAGGGAAGGGCCCUUCAACCUGAUCAUUCGCAAGUAACAGGUACUAUAUUUUAAGGGGCUGUUGACAUACAUACAUGAAUGGUUUUCACAGUUUAAUAAUCCUGAGUGCAGAAUACAACUAUGAGCAUUAAAGCACAAAGUAUAUGUGGGAAAACCACAAACUGAUUCUGUUUUCCCAAGUCAGAAGAAUCUGUUAAAUUUCUAGCAUUUUUGACCUGGGCUUUAUCAGGAUUCUGGCAUGCAAGAAAGGGGGAAACAGCUUUCAUAUCCAUCCCCAGCCUUCUCUGAAGGUGCCCAGGAUUCUGCUAUAAAGUUUAGAACUGUUGUGAGUUUAACCAACUCUGUUGUAAAUGGUACAGUCACCUUGGAAUGUCUGUAUUGUAUUUGACAGUUUGCCAUAAAAACUGAAGUUUGAACUUGGUAUGUAUUUGAAUUUAUAUGCUAAAACCUAUCUUAUCUGUUUACAAUAUUGUAAUAUCAGUUUUGGAAUAAUUCAAAUAUAAAACUGAAUGAUUUCUAUAUAGCAACUUAA